GCAGCGGAAGGAGUGGUGCAUGGCUGGAGGGGAGAGGGGAGUGUGCAACAGCCUGGAGUGAGAGCGCGAAUGUGGCGAAGUGGGUGAACAACUUCAGGGCUCAGAUCAGCUGUAAGCCAAAGAGAAAGGGAGGGGAGGGGACCGGACCGCGGGGCGGGGAGAGUGAAAUUCUGUCGGAGUCACCUCGGCCCUUGUGCCUCGGAAUGGGCAGCCAGACCUGAGAGAAAGCAUCGGGUAACAGGCCAGGGUGAGCCGGGCAGGAGCCGGGCAAGAGGUCGAGGCGUUGGCACCGCUCUCUCAUAAGAUUGGGAAAGACGGCAGGAGGGGACAUCGAGCGCGCAGCGCUUCCCGACCAGGGAGGAGCGCGUGUCCGCGGGCGCAGCCAGCGCACCUCUGUCCCUGUGCGUGGUACCCGCGCUCCAGGAGCUGGGUCCUCUCACCGCAGACUUCUAAUCUUCGCCCCCUUUCCGCCUUUCGUCCCUACGUGCGGGUCAACAAUGGAUGGCAACUCCCUGCUCUCCGUACCGAGCAACUUGGAGUCGCCCCUGAUGUAUGAAGUUUCAGAAACACAGCAGGGCAGCAGCGACAGCUCGGGGAGUGGCCUAGGAGGCGCCAUCACAGCGUGUAAGAAGGUUCUUUGCAGCAAUAGCCUGCUUGAGUCAACAGAUUAUUGGUUGCAGAAUCAGAGGACGCCUUGCCAGAUUGGUUUUGUGGAAGACAAGUCUGAAAACUGCGCUUCUGUCUGCUUUGUGAAUCUGGAUGUGAACAAGGAUGACUGCAGCACUGAGCACCUGCAGCAGAAACUUGUCAAUGUUUCACCAGAUCUUCCAAAACUUAUCAGCUCCAUGAAUGUCCAACAGCCAAAAGAAAAUGAAAUUGUCCUCCUAAGUGGGUUAGCAUCUGGAAAUCUCCAGGCGAAUUUUGAAGUUUCAAAGUGCCCUUGGCUGCCAGAUAUCUGCUUGGUCCAAUGCGCAAGAGGGAACAGACCAAAUAGUACCAAUUGCAUCAUCUUUGAAAUCAACAAAUUUUUGAUUGGUCUAGAACUGGUUCAGGAGCGGCAGCUCCACUUGGAAACAAACAUCUUGAAACUGGAGGAUGACACAAACUGCUCCUUGUCCUCAAUUGAGGAAGAUUUUCUCACUGCCUCUGAGCACUUGGAGGAGGAAAGUGAGGUGGAAGAGUAUAGGAACGGUUAUGAAAAUAUAAAUGUCUCAGUCAAUGUCUUAGAAAGUAAGAAGCCAAAGGAAACUUUACAGGAGGAAUGGGAUUACAACAAGGAAAAAAUGUUUUAUGCUUUGGAAGACAAAUACAUUAGCAAAUAUCAUACACCAUUGAUUAGAACAGAACAAUCUUGGGAGAACACAGCAGACAACGUAGCCUUGCAGAGUCUAGAUCCUUCAGUCAAGCCUUCACUGUGGAAAGGUGAAGCCUUGGGGCAUGAGAGACCAGCUACAAAUUAUUAUUAUUCGGAAAAUUCUAAAAGUCAAGUGGGAAAAUCACAGGCACUGUAUAUCCCAAGUGAUGCUUAUUUCUCCAAGAUGGCUAAGAAAGAUGUACCUUCUGCAUGUGGCACUGUUACUGAGCAGGGCAACAACCCUGGCCCAGAAGGAUAUGGAUUACCAAGAAACUCUCUUCUUCCUAUACAAGAUGGAGAAGACACAGCAGGCGAGUAUGCUACAAACUUAGCAGAAUCUGUGCUGCAAGAUGCAUUUAUUCGAUUAUCUCAAUCUCAGCCUAUACUUCCCCAGGAAUCUGCCAUCAGUGUUUCUGUAGGAAGUGCUCUGCUUCCCAGUGGCUGUUCCACCAAAGAUAUCAUGGUCCCUCGGUCAUGGAAUGAGCUCCCUAAAAUCGUCAUUGUUCAGAGUCCAGAUGGUAGCGAUGCUGCCCCUGAGCCAGGCAUCUCCUCAUGUCCAGAGGCAGACAUCUCUGUUGAAACCACAGGUGUUCUUUCUGGAGAAACCUCCAGCAGACACUCCCAGAGUGCUCUGGAGGUAGCAUUAGCUUGUGCAGCCACAGUGAUUGGAACCAUUUCCAGUCCACAGGCCACCGAAAGACUCAAAAUGGAGCAAGAGUCCCUGGUACCACACCCUCAGCUAGGUGGCAGUGAAACACUGAGAACACAAGCUUACCCAGGACCCAAGGAACCUUCCAUCAGUGAAUACUCCUUUCCAUCUGCUUUGUGUGGAAUGACUCAGGUGGCCAGUGCUGUUGCUGUGUGUGGUUUGGGUGAAAGAGAAGAGGUGACAUACCCUGUGGCUUCAAGUGGCCUCUUGCCUGCAGCUGAGGCUUCAGAAGCAAUCCCCUCACUUUCUAGCUUAGCAACAGGGAAGAGCCUAGAGCUGGGGAAGGAAGCCAUUGCAGAAGCAUUGUUCAGAGAAGCAGCUCUGGUUUUAACAAAGCCUAAUGCCUACAGCAGCAUUGGAGACCUCAUGGAAUCCAUGAAUAGUAGAAUCAUAGAAACUGCUUCAAAGCCUCAGACCAUGUACUCAGAAAAUGCCCUCAGGAGUGAACUGGCACAGACCCUGUCCAAUGUUAUCCUGAAGCACUCCAUUGAAGAAGUUCACCAGAAAAAUAAACUAAUUGAAACCAGCAAUGGCAGGCACUCAUCUGAAACUCUGGACACCUUAAUGGAAAGCACGAAUCAACUGCUCUUCAAUGUGAUAUGUGUCACAUUCAAGAAGAUGAGUCAUAUUAUACGGCUUGGUGAAUGUCCCAGUGUCCCUUCUAAGGAGACCAUCAGAUGGCGGGAAGCAGAAAUAGGCUGCCAGUCAUCUGGUCAGGCUGCUGGUCAAACAUGGACAAAAGCCAUUGAAUAUUCCAGUGACCAUACACUUAGCAGUCCACACCAUACUAGUCUUGUCACCAAUAAUCUUGUAUAUGAUGGGCAUUCACAGCAAGGCAACCAGGGUGAAACCAGACCAGGCCCCUUCAGGAAUCCCACAGUGCAAUUUGAAUUGUCAUGUAGUCACAGAAUGCUUGAUUCUUCAACGACUAAAACAUCUCCCAUGGAAAUAUACCUGAAAGGCACGAUGGGAGAGGAUUCAAAAACCCCUCAUCAGACACCCCGUCACAGUGAAAACAAACAUAGAGACUCUUCAGAGGAAGAGAGGGCACUGACAGUCAGCAAGUGCAGGAGCAGGUCCCGGGAUGCUGAGGACAGUACUAGUCCAAAUACCCAAGAAAAGUACGAUUGUGCCAUGCCUCUCAACAGCGAAGUUCAAGUUAACCUGUCCCUGUUAGGGGAUGAGUUGCUGCUCCCUGCUCAGUCCACACCACAAGCCAAGCAUGCAGACAUCUACUGCAUUACAGACUUUGCGGAAGAAUUAGCAGAGACAGUUGUCUCCAUGGCAACUGAAAUCGCAGCAAUUUGCCUUGACAACUCAAAUGGAAAACAACCCUGGUUUUGUGCAUGGAAAAGAGGGAAUGAGUUUUUGGUUACACCAAACAUAUCUUGCAGGUCCUUGAAGAGAAAGAAGGAAAGCCAAGCUGGUGGGGCUACUGUGAGGAAACACAAACCACCCAGGCUCAGUGAGAUCAAAAGGAAGACGGACGAGCACCCUGAGCUGAAGGAGAAGCUGAUGAACAGGGUCGUGGAUGAGUCUAUGAACCUCGAGGACAUCCCAGAUUCUGUCAGUAUUUUUGCAAACGAAGUGGCCGCCAAGAUCAUGAGCCUAAAGGAAUUUUCCACGGUGGACGGUGUGUGGCAAGCCCAAAGUUAUUCCCGGAGUCGGUUAUUGAGCAGUGACAGGUGGAACCGGCUGAAGGCCUCCAGCUGUGAGAGCAUUCCAGAGGAGGACUCAGAAGCCAGAGCCUAUGCAAACAGCCUGGGUUUAAUGAGUACCUUAAGCCAGCCAGUCAGCAGGGCCAGCUCUGUCUCUAAACAAUCGAGCUGUGAGAGCAUCACUGAUGAGUUUUCCAGGUUCAUGGUGAACCAGAUGGAAAACGAGGGGAGAGGCUUUGAGCUCCUGCUGGAUUACUAUGCUGGCAAGAACGCCAGCAGCAUUCUGAACUCGGCAAUGCAACAGGCAUGCCGGAAAAGUGACCACCUGAGCGUGAGGCCGAGCUGUCCCUCUAAGCAGUCCAGCACAGAGAGCAUCACCGAGGAGUUCUACCGGUACAUGCUGAGGGACAUUGAAAGAGAAAGCAAAGACAGCACCUCCUCCAGAAGGAACAGCCAAGACUGGGCAGCUGGCUUAUUGGUUCCUUCUUUCCGACCCCUGCUGUGCCACAGACAGUCAUCCAUGCCGGACAGCACAGCUCCAUGUACCAGGUUAACAGUGAAUGCACCCGUCAAAGCCAACUCCUUAGAUGGAUUUGCUCAAAACUGCCCACAAGAUUUCCUAAGCGUACAGCCAGUUGCUAGCGCUUCCUCAUCAGGUCUCUGCAAAUCCGACUCUUGCUUGUAUCGGAGAGGUGGGACUGACCAGAUCACAAACAUGUUAAUUCAUGAAACAUGGGCAAACUCAAUUGAGGCCCUCAUGCGCAAAAACAAAAUCAUAGUAGAUGAUGCAGAGGCAGCCGAUGCCCAGCCCGGGUCUGUUCCUGGUGGCUCUCUCUCGGGAGAGGAGAGAAGUGCAAACAGAUCAGCUGUGAGCAGACUGCCCUGUGGGCCAACUCUGCUUGCUCAGGAGUCUGUCCAUUACCCAAGGAAAGACUCUAUUAUUGAAACCAAACAUCCCGCAGUGUCGUCUGCACCUUUUACAAAUCAGGACAGUUCAAAUUCUAAAAAGGAAAAGACUUCCUGCCAUGAUACUGUUACUGGAAACUGCACUAGGCGAUCCCUUUGCUCAAGGGAAGUGCCUUUGAUUCAGAUUGAAACAGAUCAGAGGGAAGAGUGUGGAGAAUCUGAACCCUUCCUUUCCAAAAGCAGCCCUUUAGAGGAAGCAGAAGAGUGUUUGCAGGUAGAAAAAGUCCCAGACAUGGCAAAGAGUGGAGACCCAGCUGUGAGCACCUGCCAGAACCAUUGUGAGAGCCUUGAUGCCAAAGCUGUACCAGAGGCUGAAGUCUCCACAGAAGCCAGAGCCUCGGAUGAGUUCCCCAACCCUCCCAGCAGUAGUGAGGAUAGCACCUGCAGCUGGUCCCAGCUCGCUAAUGAGGAGGACAACCCAGAUGACACAAGUAGCUUUCUGCAGCUCAGCGAGCGAUCUAUGAGCAAUGGCAACAGUAGUGCCACUAGCAGUCUUGGCAUUAUGGACCUGGACAUUUAUCAGGAAAGCAUGCCAUCUUCUCCCAUGAUUAAUGAAUUAGUAGAAGAAAAGGAGAUUCUGAAAGGACAGGCAGAAAACCUAGAGGAACAUCCCUGUGGACUGCAAGUGGGAACGGCGGGUCACCAGAGGAGCCUGCUGGUCAUCAACUUUGACCUGGAGCCAGAGUGUCCUGAUGCUGAGCUUCGAGCCACUCUGCAAUGGAUUGCUGCCUCUGAACUUGGGAUUCCCACCAUUUACUUUAAGAAAUCUCAGGAAAACAGAAUUGAAAAGUUUCUAGAUGUGGUGCGGCUGGUUCAUCAGAAGUCCUGGAAAGUGGGGGAUAUCUUUCACGCAGUUGUCCAGUACUGCAAAAUGCAUGAGGAACGGAGAGAUGGGACCCCGAGUCUCUUUGACUGGCUCUUGGAACUGGGAUAAGGCAGCUGUGUCCUGUAGAGCAUUCCUUCUCUUUACUUCAGCUUUGGUUACAGUGAUUUGCUCUACCUGCUCGAGAUUUUCUCCACCCAUCACAUCACACUAGCAAGACUAUAUAUAUACAUAUACUUCAAAAUCUGCCACUCAAGUCCACUGCACGUGGAAUAAAUAUGACGAAAAGCAAAAUUUAGAUCUGUACAAGUCAAUGAAACCUGUGUAAGCCCAAAAAGCUUGUGGUGGAAUAGCUGGAAAAAGAGAAACUUCAAUGGGGCCCAAAUUAGAAAGCAUAUAACUAGGCCCAAACUCUGGGAAAGCUGCAGUCAAAUACAGUGAAGAAGAUAAAAUAAUACGCAGUGCCUCCAGUUGUGUGACUCAACUGGAAACAAACACAUCAGUCAAAGUCAUUUUAUAAACUACACUGUAACUUUCAUUUUACUUCUCUGAGCAAAUUAAAUGGGUGCCAGGCCAGAGAAAUGCUUAAGAUAUAGAUGAGAAAUUUCUAGGCUUUUAUAAAAAAAAAAAAAAAA